CUGCCCCGCCCUCCUGGUGGCGAGAGCAGUGCUGGGACUUGGAGUCUCGGUCCAGUCUACCUGCAAUGUCUUGACCGGCUGAGGGCACUCGGUUUCCCAGAAGGCUCAGGAACAGGAGCGCCUCCCCCGAAGGCUCGCGGGACCGUGUGGGGUUAUGGCGGUGCUGGUGCUGCUCCGCUGUCCGCUGACGCGGCUUCGCGCUCUGCUCCAGCGCUGCUGGGGUCGGCUGGAGAGCGGCCUCUGGCCGGGUGUCUUCGCGGGUCAGAGCUCACCCUGGGGACCAGCACUAGCUGUUCAAGGUCCAGCUCUUGUUCCACAAGGGAUAAAUGAUGCUGGUGAGAGCAGUGCCGAGGCACCAAGCCUUUUGGAGAGCGUUGUGUGGAUGGCGGCACCGAAGCACAGGCGCACCAUCGAGGUGAACCGCUGCAGGCGGAGGCAUCCCACCAAGCUCAUAGAAAUAAAGAGGAACAUAGAUGUUUGUCCUGAAUGCGGAAACUUGAAGCAGAAACACGUCCUUUGUGGCUAUUGUUACGCAAAGGUCAAAGAGGAAACUCGACUGAUACGGAUGGAAAUGCACAAGAAGGAAGGAGGACCAUUUAAUGCUCCAGCUGUAGAGACUGUUGUCCUUUAUGAAGGAGAAAAACCCACAGAAAAAGAUGAAGGCAAGCGGAUCAUUGAAAGAGCCAGGAAGCGUCCAUCUUGGUUUGUUCAAAAUUGAUGCUGUAGAAUUAAUGGUGGCAAAAGCAAUUGCUGCAGAAAGAGAAUUCAUUAUUUUCAAGAGUGUUUUCCUCAUUCACUCAGUGUGAACAGAACUCCUCUGUACUUUUGGGAGGCCUGCUUGAAUUGUGUCCUGCCAUAUGAUUUUACAGCCUGGUGUUGUUUCUCUACUAUGCAGUGGGAAACGCUUCUCAGUGACAGAGCACAGCAGUCAACUGAGAGAAUCAGGAUUUGCCUCAGAUAUCUGUGUACCAUACCCUGAACAAUUUGUAUGCUAAUGUUCUCUGCUAGUUUUGUAAGUAACAUAUUUUAAAUUCAUGGUUCUACAGUAAAAUUUGUUAAGUGUCCCAGGGAAAUGUGCUUUCUGGUUUAGGCUGCUGCUCUUUUGAAGGAGAAAAAAUGUUUAAAAGUAAUAUUGAUUAGAAACAAAGAAUAUUUGCAAUGAAA